UGUUGAGUGAAAGCAGCAUGGAAGUCGCGCGACUGAUUUUGUGCGCGUUAUUUUUAAGAUGAUAAACAUUUCCGAGUUUAUGUAUAAUAUUAAAUAGUGAAAUAUAAAUUAUAAAAUAAAGAAAUUAUUCAAUAAAUUAUAGUUUAGUUGAGUUGAAGAGUGUGAACAUGCCUCGCUAUGCGCAGCUUGUAAUGGGACCCGCUGGAAGCGGCAAGAGUACAUACUGUUCCACUCUGAUCCAGCAUGCUGAAUCCAUAAACCGGUCCAUACAGGUUGUAAACCUCGAUCCAGCCGCAGAGCACUUCAAUUAUCCGGUCAUGGCAGAUAUCCGAGAGUUGAUCCAGGUGGACGAUGUGAUGGAGGAUGACUCGCUGAGGUUCGGCCCAAACGGAGGCUUAGUUUUCUGCAUGGAAUACUUCGCUAAUAACUUCGACUGGCUGGAAGAAAGUCUUGGGCAUGUUGAGGAUGACUACAUCCUUUUCGACUGCCCAGGUCAGAUUGAGCUGUACACUCAUCUUCCGGUCAUGAAGCAGCUAGUCGAGCAACUCCAGCAGUGGGAGUUUCGUGUGUGUGGCGUCUUUUUAGUGGAUUCUCAGUUCAUGGUGGAGCGCUUUAAGUUCAUAUCUGGUGUAAUGGCAGCCUUGAGUGCCAUGGUGGCGCUGGAAAUCCCUCAGGUCAACAUCAUGACCAAAAUGGACCUGCUGAGUCCUAAGGCUAAGAAAGAAAUUGAGAAGUAUCUAGAUCCGGAUAUGUAUUCGAUGAUGGAGGACAGCUCUGUCACGCUGAGGAGCAAAAAAUUCAUGAAGCUCACCAAAGCAAUCUGUGGUUUGAUUGAUGACUACAGCAUGGUGCGUUUCUUGCCCUUUGAUCGCACUGAUGACGAAGCCAUUAACAUUGUUCUUCAGCACAUCGACUUCUCCAUACAGUACGGCGAGGACCUGGAGUUCAAGGAGCCAAAGGAGAAUGAUGAGGAGCCUGGCAACCUGAAUUAUGAUGAGUAUUUCCAGGACAGAGUGGAUUCCUAAACUCCACAGCUGCAUGAUCACCUGACAGACUAAAGGGAACACAUAUUUGUAAAUUGCUCACCUGCUUGGCGUUGUGGAAACCCAAGCCUGCAAAUGAACAGCACUGUCAGAAAAAACCUCAGUGUAAAGAGAGAAUGCUUUAUUAUUAUUCUUUUUAGUUUGUUUAUUAGUUUUUUUUCGUAUGACUGCCUAGUUCUUUUAUCUAUGCUCUUUGCUCUUAUAGCAUGCUACAUUCUAUAAGGUGUAGUGUUAAAUAUUUUUUCAAUAAAAGUGUGAUUUUUGGAAAGCAGGCAUGUGCCUGUAUACCAAACCA